AUGAAAAGGGCUAAUGUACGGCUCUGGUCAUCAAGGCUUAAUGAUCCAAGAAAAAAUCCUGAACGAGACUACGUAAGUCCCCUCCAUCCUGUAGCUCUAAAUACGAUAACCAACUUGGCAACGACGGCGUUAACUGCGGUUCAUUAUGCCUACUCUCGGCGCAAUUGGUUGCGCUCUGAUCGGGUUCGGCCCCGCUAUUUGUCUGUUUAUCUUCACUGUCGUCAACAGUCCAAUAAAAAUGAUACUCCUCAUGAUCAGGUGAGCUAUACUGUUAUCGCUCAGACGAUGACUUCUCUUAUUAGAUGCCACCUGUAUUUAGGCUACUAUCGAACGCAAUGA